GUUUAGAAACUAUAAAAAUGGCCUACCAGCAGCAGCGUGCCACAACGGCGUCGCUGUGGAGAUCACCGGUUAGAAGGACAUGAAGAUGAUGUCUCCCAUCAAACUCUGCUUUCUGCUGGCUUUCGCAGCUUGCGCACAGUCUGGCUAUUUCCACGGUGGUGGAUUCUCAGAGACGGAGGAUGAUUUUGCUCUCCAAACUGAGGCAGAGAAAAUCCCUGGCGUCUGUUUCGUCUGCAAGCUCAUCAUGAGGAAAGUGAAGAGAAUUAUCUCUGAAGGAGACUCUAAGGAACAAAUCGUGAGCAAGCUCCAGACUGUGUGCAGCCGGAUGCGAUUUGUGAAACGCAUCUGCAUGGGACUGGUCAGGAAAUGGAGCCAGCGACUAGCAGACGAGCUCACGGCUGGCGAUGACGCCAGAACCGCCUGUGUCAAAAUUAGACUCUGCAGACAAAAUGUACUGUGGGAGUGAGGCUGAGCAGACAAGAAGAGGAAAUGUCCAAGUUCCUGGACAGCGCAGAGCUCUCUCUCUCUCUCUCUCUCUCUCUCUCCCACACAGAGCAUUUUUUCAUUCUGUUCUUCUCAUAAUUAAAGGCUUAAGCAGACCCUGGCAUCAUUUGCUAAAGACAAAAGGCAUUACGUGCAGAACACAUUCUACUGUCGCUCAAUAAAGCAUGAUUACAAAAAAAGCUCUG